AUGGAGAAGCGGGCACUGGCGAUUGGAGGCGAGUCAGCCGCGGCCGAAGGGGACGCGCCCGCGGCCGAGGACCAGCCGCUGGUCGCGGCGGCGCCGCCCGACCCCAACGACUGGCUGCCGCCGCCGCCCAACGUCCCGCCGUCGCCGGCGCUCAUGCAGUCGGCGGCCACGACGGCCCUGCAGCGCCUGCUGGGGCCCUCCGCGGCGGUGCGGUCGGCCCCGCCGAGCACGGUCACCGCGGGGCUCCCGCCGGCACACCCUGGAGCGCGUGCGCUGGUGCUGCCCCCCGGCCUCAUGCAGCAGGUCACGGCAGUCGCCGCCAGCCGGACCGCGCCGCCCACUCCCGCCGCAUCGGCCGGUGCGGCAACGGCCGCGGUCGCGGCUGACGCGCCGCCGGGCGCGGACCCGUCGGCGCCGCCGGGGCGUGUGACGGCGCGGCAGUCGCGUGGCAGCAAGGCGAGGGCGCCGAGCGCGGUGCAGCGCAUGCAGCGGCGGAAGAACGCCAGCCCUUCAACAAGCAGCUACAAAGGCGUCACGCGCCACAGGCGCACAGGACGAUGGGAGGCGCACAUCUGGGACGGCGCGUCGCCGGCCGCGGGCAGCGACGGCGUGGCGGCCAAGCCUGGCGGCCGCGGCAAGCAGCUGUACCUGGGGAGCUACGACACUGAGUUGGACGCUGCCAGGGUGUAUGACCGCGCAGCCCUGGCUUUUUUCAAGCGCAAGGCUGUCCUAAAUGUGAGCUCAAACCCCCUGACGCCCGCUCGGCCGCCUCCCGACUGGCGCCUCAGCCAGAUGAACCCCGCGGGCCGCGCGGCGACGCAGCAACGCGCACGCGCCUGA